AUGCUUUCCGGCAUGGAGCCUUUUUCUUUCGCCAGUUCCGAUGCGCUGGAUUUCCCCGUUAGCAUCCGAAUCAUCAACCUCGAGGGCGCUGAGACGCCGCUUCAAUUUUCUAGCCUACUUGAACAUCCAGAACUCCGGCAUAUAGGAUCUAAUCAGAGUCCCCACUCAGAUCUCUAUGUUACGGUCCAGUCUUUCCGCACUGAGAGGCGAUGGAACGAAUGGCUCACGCUCCCCGUUUCAUACUCGAGCCUGCCCCAGAACUCACGCCUCGCCAUCACCAUCUGGGAUCUUUCUCCAACGGGAGGCCAGGGUGCCCAAGGACAUGCAAUCCCGUUUGGCGGGACCACGCUUCAACUGUUUGAUAAAGACAACCAGCUUCACAAGGGCCGUCAAAAGUGUCUCGUCUACCGGCACAAACAAGCCGACGGCAACGAUGACUCUAAAACGCCUGCCAUCCUUCCUAAGAAGAAGGCCAAGAAAGGGGUGUCUGACGAUAAAGAGGUCGACGAGCUAAACCGGAUGGAAAAGUUGUUCAAGAAGCACGAGAUGGGAGAGAUCCCCCGUGUUGACUGGCUGGACCAGCUCGUUUUCAGAGGCUUUGAGAAGCGCGGCCUACAGACCGCUAGAUCAUCCCCGGGGGCAAACCAACAACGGGAGUCGGCCCAAAUCAAGGCCUUAGAGGGCCACGGAGAUGCCGAUCACCAACCUGAACCGUCUAGCUUUGUUUUGAGCGUCGAACUCCCAAGGUUCGAUUUCCCGAUCGUCUUCGCCGACCACGAAUACCCGCCACCCCCCGUUUCGUCCUAUCUACACCCUUCGUCCUCCCAAUCGAAUAUCGUCCUCAAACCCCCACCCGAGGUUCAACUUGGCCCGGGAAUCGACGCGAUCGACGACGACGAGGGCUAUGGCGGCCGCUUGAUCCGGGUUUAUGACCCAGAAGUUGCGGCGAAAGAUAACCCAGCGGAAAGCAAGCACCGGAGGCUUGUUCGGGGCCAGCACCGCAACGGCAUUCUGGACAAGGACCUAAAGCCAAACGCCAAGGUCCGGGACGAGUUGAACAUGAUAAUGGCAUAUUCACCGACCCACACGCUGUCGCCCGAGGAAAAGGAUCUCAUCUGGAAGUUCCGCCAUCACCUGACCCGCAACAAGAAAGCAAUCACCAAGUUCGCCAAGUCGGUCAACUGGCACGACCAGUCGGAAUCAAGACAGGCCACUCAGAUUCUGGGCAAGUGGACGGAUAUUGAUGUCGAUGACGCCCUGGAGCUACUCGGGCCCACCUUUGACAACUCGGCAGUGCGAGCCUUUGCCGUCGACCGUCUGCGCAAGGCUGAUGAUCAAGAGCUGCAGUUGUAUCUGCUGCAGCUAGUACAGGCACUAAAGUACGAGCACAUUUCUCCACAGCCCGGCCAAGAAGUGGCCCAAGACUCCUCGUUGGCUCUCUUCCUCAUCUCGAGGGCCACCAACAGCUUCACCCUCGGAAACUACUUUUGGUGGUACGUCAUGGUCGAAUGUGACGACAAGUCGCAGGAUCAAGGGGCGGACAACCAAGCCAUCUAUGGCAAAGUUGCCUACGACUUCAUGGCGGAGCUUGUCAAACAACCAGAAGGACAGGAGACGCGGGCGACACUGAAGAGACAGGCCGAGUGGAUUUCCAUCCUCUCCAAAAUAUCCGGCGAAAUAAAGGAGUCUAAUGAAUCUAUUGCCAAAAGGACGGAACGAGUGAAGCACUUCCUGGCUGAUCCCAAAAACGAGCUCGUCCACAUUGACCCGCCGCUCCCGUUGCCUCUCGACCCAUCGGUAGAGAUCAUCGGCGUCGCCCCGGAAGAAACUGUGGUCUUCAAGUCUUCUCUGCACCCGAUCAAGGUUUCGUUCAAGACCACCUCUGGGCGCAAGUACCCAAUUAUCUUCAAAACGGGCGACGACCUCCGCCAGGAUCAGCUAGUCAUCCAGAUCAUUACCCUGAUGGACGAUCUCCUCCAAAAAGAGAACCUGGACCUCAAGCUAUCGCCGUACAAGAUCCUUGCCACCAGCACAAGCGCAGGCUUGUCACAAUUUGUCCACUCGAUGUCCUUCCAGGGCAUCACUUCCAAGUACCGCAACAACCCCGCGCUCGCCUUUCUGAAACAAAACAACCCCGACAGCCAUGGGCCUAUGGGCUUGCGGAAGGAAACCUUAGACACAUUUGUCAAAUCCUGCGCCGGAUACUGCGUCAUCACUUACAUCCUCGGGGUGGGUGACAGACAUCUUGACAACUUGCUCCUGGCUCCCGACGGCCACUUCUUUCACGCCGAUUUCGGCUACAUUCUGGGCCGCGAUCCGAAGCCGUUUGCGCCGGCCAUGAAGCUCUCUAAAGAGAUGGUGGACUGCAUGGGCGGCUCCAACUCGGAACACUACCGCCAGUUCAGGCAGUACUGCUUCCUGGCGUACAGCGCUCUGCGCAAGAACUGCAAUCUGCUACUGAACCUGUUCACGCUGAUGGCAAACGCCAACAUCCCGGAUAUCAAAUUCGAGCCGGACAAGGCGGCGCUCAAGGUUAAGGAGCGCUUUCACCUGGAGAUGGACGAGGAGGAUGCCAUCCGGCACCUGGAGAGGAUUAUGGAUGACAACCUCAACGCGCUGGUGCCCGUCGUUAUUGACAAGUUGCACGAGCUGGUACAAGCAUUCCGGGCUUGA